CAAGCCCACCUGUCAUACGCCUUCGCGCAGGAACCGCGACGAGAUCUACGUCCCCAACACUGAUUGUUAGAAAGCUGCUGUCAUGGCUCAAGAGCAGGAACGCGAGCUUCGGACGCAGUUGAAGAACGCUGAACGGCUAUCAGGGAACUCAACCGCACGCAAAGAAGCACUCACGCAGUUGAUCCAGCUCGUACACUCCUCGCAUGUGAACAUCAAGAGCCUCGUCGCCGAGAACAUACCGAAGUACAUCAAGUACUUCCCAGACUUAGAGGACGACGCAAUCAACGCGGUUUAUGACUUGUGCGAGGACCCAGAUCAGCAGAUACGGCUGAAGGGGUACCAGGCCAUUCUCGCGGUCUCGCAAGAAGACAGGAAGUGGGUACGAAGAAACGCGGACGUCCUGGUCCAGCUGCUGCAGAGUGAUGAUGCCCAAGAGGUCAAGUUCGUGGGCAGGAAGCUGGCGGAGCACCUCGACAUCGACCCACGCGCGACGUUCGGCGUGUUCCUCGACCAAAUCGUGCCUCCGGACGAGUCCAGGGAGCCGGACGAACAGGUCAUCCGGGACAACCUGAGAAGGCUCGUGAUUGCGUAUAUGCGCGACGAGGUCAAGCGGGGGUCGAUCGUCCGGCAUUGCCAGCAGAAUGGAGAUGUGGACAACGCGGUGGUGAAUGGGAUGCUGCGGGCUGUCGCAAAACUUGACGUGAAGGAGGCGGAUAUCAUCGUGAAGGACAUCCUUCUGGUUCUGCCUUCAUACAGGACAAACCCCGCUCGUGGAGUGGAGCUCCUCCAGACGCUAUGCGAUCGCGCUCGAGCUGCGCUCAAAGAGGAUCUGCAGGAGAGCCGACAAGGCGCCAAGCGGCUCGACGCAACAUCUGCGUGGCUCGCCCUUGCUACACAUGUCGUCACUGAGAAAAAAAUUGGCACCCCGAUACCCUUGUUAGGGUUCUACCUGACGUCAAUCCUGCGAGGCGACGUUCUGUUGUCGCUGGCUCCAGAGGAGCAGGUCGCGAUCUUGUCGGGCUUUGCCUCGCUGCUCUCUGCAUGUAGUGAGAUUGUGCAACAAGGGCCAUCUACGAGGUUCGCGGAAGUGGAGCUGCCUGGUAUACAGCGACAGACGGUCGGAGCAGGUCCCGUCGUUCUCGAGGCGUUCGCGAGCACCGGAAUGAAGGAUAUUCGGUGCUGGACUGCAUCAAAAACGUUUCUAGACCUCUUCAAAGAACGAAAGGAGAAGAUCACCACUCCCCAAUUCAUUGAAUGCCUCAAGAAACUACAGACGGUUACGAACAGAUCUAGCCUAGAUACAGUAGAUGCGACUCUCGCAAACGAGGUCAAGGAACUCAUCAAGACGCUCUUGCCGCACGAACCGCCGCCAGAGCAGCGCACUCGGCGCAUGCAAGUCUCCCAGAAGGCGGCGCGCGCCAACGGGGCCAAGGAAGGGCCCGCAGGCGGGAAGGCGAACGGGAAGUCAACGCCCGAACCUGGUCAGCUCGCCGUAGACAAGAUCCAGAACGCGCUGCGGACCACCGCCGGCGCCGGUGCGAAGCGGAAGCGCGAGGACGGGCAGGCGACGGCGUCGCUGGUGGAUCGGAUACAGCCCAGCUCGGGGAGGGCGACCCCUAUCGCCGAACGGGUGCUCGGCGCCGCCACCCCGUCGACGAACGGCGGGGGACAGCGUAGCCGGGGCAAGGACGGCCCGGCGUCGCUUCUUGAACGACUGUCUACGUCCGGUCCCACACCGUCUCGGACGAAGAACGAGCCCUCGAGGCCGGCAUUCGCGACGCAGCUUCCGGCGCGGCAGGCGGCGCAACGAGCGAGCGAGGACGCGCCGCUGUCGAUCAAAGGCGCUGCGAAGCGCGAGAGUCAGCCUCAGAGACCAACGUCGGGCCCAGGUGGAGGGUUGGCUCAACGUCUCGCGGGAUCGUUGGCGGACCGGGUGGGUGGUGCGUUGUCGGAGUCUGGCGCUGCGCAUAAGCGGAGGAGGAAGUGACACUCCCGUCGCCGGCUGUGCCGGUGUUCCUCGUCCUUGGGAUGAUCGUGCUUCUACGUUACCCUCUCCUCUUUCAUCAGCAUGCUGCAUAUAUUCGCUUGAUUGGGAUGGGUGCGCUCCACGGCUGUAAAAUUCGCGUCGGUGAUACCUUGAGCGUAGCAACAGUGCAGCUUGACGGCAGGUAGGUAGGUAGGCAGGUUACCCACGCUGCGUGUGCAGUCCAAGUCGCUUCAAGCCGUGACCGGUGUUUCAUCUCAAACUUCAUCUGGCGCCGGAGCUGUCGCAAGCAUACUAUGGAAAAUCCGCACAACGAGCGUCAGGCUGUGUUGCUCGAAAGAAUCGUGAAGAACAGUGUACUUACUAUAUUCAAAUAUCGGUCUGGAGAAGGCUCACGUUCGUACGGCAGAACAAGGCCAC